UCAUUUAUUUUGUUCAUGUCUUUCAUUUUGGAUUGUUCAGACGAAGUCAAUUCACGUCACGAAACACGAAUGACGUUAUGAAGAAAUCGAAACUCACGGGAAUCUGAAGACUAGUUUAAAAUCCGAAGCGCUGCACGGAUAUACAUCCAAAACCACGACACUAAUGAAUGAGAGAGAAGUAUCGUGAGCUUUGGGCUUUGUUCUCAAAGUGUCGCGUGUUGAGCCCAUAUUCCGGCUACUUUAUUUAUUUAUGAUGGAAACUAGAAACUAUGUGUAUGAACUAUACGAGUACGCACAGAAAACCCGCUCUGAGCUGCAGUAUGAGGGGUUUGAGGCGGGCCCUGACCAUGAUAAAACAUUCACCCAGUGGGUCAUCUUAAAUGGGAAAGUCCAUCCCUAUGGUAAGGGCAAGAGCAAGAAGGAAGCCAAGAAUAAUUCAGCGAAACAUGUUCUGGAAAGCUUGUUGGAGAACAAACAUCAGGACACCGCUGCAGAUGAGAAAUACAACUGCACAUCAGGUCAACAAAAAGAGGCGAUAAAUCAAAAUGUGUCUGAUAUCUGUGAUAAGAUAAGACGCCUCAGUGGGAACUCACAGCUUUACAAAGACAACCAGAGACAAAGAGAGGUCAAUUUUAUUGGAAUUGUUGACCACUACUGUCAGAAAACAAAGCGCUGCCAUUCAUACAUUGAAGAGAGGAGAUGCGGUCCGGCUCAUAAUCCUCAAUUUUUCUACAAAUUAAUGAUAGACAAAAAUGACUACCCCGAGGGUGAGGGUAAGACUGUCAAGGAGGCCAAACAAAAUGCAGCUCGGCUGGCCUGGUCUGCUCUCCAAGAACAGUCAGACUGGGACAGCAAGGUGUCUGUCAAAUCAACAAUGUCAGAAGAUGGUGCUUCACCUAUGUUGUCUGCCCGAUUAACUACGCAAGAGACACAUGAAGGAUCAUCACAAAGCACACCAGUGGACUCAGGAGGCUCCAUAAUAUCCACUGAUUCAUCAAACCCUUCCAAGGCUCAGAUUCCCUUAAGGUCAACUGCUUCUGGAGAUGAUGCCUCAACCAGCUCGUCAACACCAACUUCACUGGAAUCUCUUGCAUCGUCACAAAGCAAGUCAACGGGUACAAGUGGCUCAGCAAUAUUCACAGAUUCAUCAAACUCUUCCAGGGAUCAGGAUGCUGUUAAAGAACAGAAUAUGGGAAAAAGUCAGAAUGAACCAUCCAUCCCUUCGAGGUUUACUUCAGACUUUGAUUCCAUGGAGUAUCUUGGCAGUGGAGCCUUUGGUCACGUUUACAAAGCAAGACAUACAUUGCUGGAGAGGUAUUAUGCUGUAAAGGUUGUCUGCCGGGAAGAGAAAUCUCUUCGGGAAGUGGGGACAUUAUCAGAACUCCUCCAUUGUAAUAUCGUCAGAUACUACACAUUUUGGAUGGAGGAUUCAGGGUACCAGGGGAAUUCUGAAUUAACUGAGUGUUCAGCUGUUUUCAGCUCUUCACAGACUUCAAAUAAUUCAUCGGCCAAGUACCUCUAUAUUCAGAUGGAGUUAUGUGACACAAAGACACUAAAAGAGUGGAUUGAAGAGAAAAACACCCAGUCUCUGCAAGACUCCAAGAGAAGAGAAGAAGGCCUAAGCAUUGCUCAGCAAAUAGUCAGUGGAGUCGAAUAUAUUCACUCCAAGAAGCACAUCCACAGGGACCUUAAGGUGUUUAAGUAUCUGAUACGUCGUCCAGUUUACCCUGUCGAGGCCCAGCCAGCAACCUGAGACACAUCCUGGUGCAAACCAGUAGUGAAGCUGGUCAGAUGGCAGAUACCAUAGAACCAGUAUAUUGUUCUGGUAUUCACUUGUACAGAGUACCAGCACCCCAUACUACACUCCAUACUACACUUUUGCCCCUCAUCACUAUUUAGCAAUGAACACAUUCAUAUUCCAUGUAUUAGGCUAGAUCUUGCCAACAAGCCCCAAGUUGGUAGAAUUGUGCUGCUGCUGGCCUGCUGUUUGAAGUCUAGUUUACAGUUCAGAACAUUAUUAGAAAAAUAAAAAAAUAAAUGUACGCUUUUACUCAUCCCCGUGGGGAAAUUCUUCUCUGCGUUUGACCCAUCCUUAGUUAUUGAGGAGCAGUGAGCUGCAGUGAAGCGCCCAGGACUUUUUUGCUUGUGAACAACAUUAUUUAUUUGAUAAUUGUGUGCCAUUACAGCACAAAACUGAUGUUGAGACAGGUGGUUUUCAUUGACAAUAUCUUCCCUUCAGGCAGGAAGUAGAAGUCAACUCACUCAGAUAUACAAAACCCAGAUAUUAAUUAGGUCCUGGAGAACAUCAUUGACCAAUGCCUGGAAAACUGCACGGUCAUUGGUUAGGCUGAUUGGCAUGACAAAGUACUUGAAGUGUUGACUAGGGAUGUUAAAAACUGUCUUACACUUGUCAUCUUCCAUAAUCCAUAACAGAUGAUAUGCAUAUCCAUGAUCUAGUUAGGAAAAGACGAUGGCCCCAUGCAAGAGUUCAAAGGCUGUAAAGAUGAGUGUGAGGUGCUCCAGAUCUUCACCAGGGCUGGGCCUAGGUGAAGGGCCUAUGUUCUUGCUCUCCUUCUCUACGACAAAAAAUGUCAGAAAAAAGAUGAGGAGGAUCCAGUGAGUUCUGGGAACUCUGGAGGGAACGAGAAAAAAGCAGAAUAACAGGUUGACCUGGAACAGGUCACAGAACAGCUGUAGGUGACAUUGGAGGGAGGUGACAUUAUCCAAGAACCUGACUUGAAUUAGUAUGUGGCACCAAGCAAAACAACAGAAUAUUAUGCUGGCUGUAGUUGUGAUGUUAUUUUUCUGCCUUGUAAAUGUUUGUGUACAUACAUUCAUUGUGUAUAAUAUCUAUUAAUUAUUUGUCGACUUAUGUUAAAGUCUUUUAAUUUUUUACGGUCAGUAUUCAACAAUUCCCCAACAGAAUAAUAUUCUUGGUUGACAAGUUUGGGGCAGAAGUGUAGACCACGUCAUGUAAAUUAAAUGUUUAAAAAAGUGAUGCAAGAAAUUAGCCCUGGCUGGGAUUCAAACCUAUUUUACUAGAUUUAAUACGUUAACGUUUAAUAAGUUAUAGUAUAAAACGUGUAAUUUCCUUUUGCCAAUAGAUUUUGCUAUAACAAAUUUGAACGUUUCUUCAUGUAAAUGUGCUCAGGCCUCAACCAGCAUCAUGAUUAUUUUGGGGCGGAUUGGAUCAUGUACAUUUGAGUUACAGCAACUUUCUAUAACAUAACAAAGUGCAUAUUGGGGUCCACGACACGUCAAGGUUUUUCUGUAUAGAACUCACCAUUUUGAUAACUAUUCAUCUUUAAGCUAUUUAGAUUAUUCUUAAAUAAAAUUGAAGUCGAUCGGAUACAUUUUGUGGGAGCAGUGUGUAAAAGUACAAAUGCUCAAAACAGCCAAAAAUGACAAAAACGCACAAAUCGGGCGAAUUACUGUAGCGCCCCCUAGUGUUGAAAUCGCACGAGAUGUUUUGUGCAUGUUACAGGAUGCAAUGUGCACAUAUGCUGAACAUUUCAAGUGAUUAUGCCUAAUAGUUAUGAGCAUUAUAAAACAAGACACGCCCCUAAGAGGUUCAUUGGUCCAUAUCUCCUAAACACAAUGAGAUAUCAGAAAGGUUUUGAUGAGUCUAGGUGAUAUAGCUCCCAUUAUGAUCGACAAAAAGUUUGGUAUGAAUCGGACCAAGCGUGUAGGUCAAGUCCGCAAUUGUGUGUUUUUAACAAAAUUCAAAAUGGCGGAGAAUCUAAGUAGGCCGAGCUUAGGGGUCUGAGAGGCUUUUUUGUAGAGCAGGUGGAGAUUGACGUGUGAAAAAGUGAAUCCGACAUUCUAGGUGAGGGUCGUCGUCGGUCCAACUUCGAGGGUGCGCUAGAGAGCCAUUUUUGCAAACCCAAAUUUGACGUAUAAAUCAGAUCGCUAUUUUCACUAAGCCUGACAAGCUUGCCAAAUUUGGUGAGUUUUGGAGUAUGGCAAGUACCCCACAUAUGCGCCUAAUGUUCCUCUAAGAUAAUAAUAGGGUCCUCUCAGACUGUACGUCAGUCGCUCAGAUCCUCAUAAAAUUAACAAAUGCCACAAUAAAAUAAUAUCACAUUAUUAGAUGUAUUUGUACCUAUAAAUGGUCAACUAGAUCAACAAGGCUAUUAAUUGACCUAAUAAAGGUCCCACACUGACAGUUUCAAAUCCAUUUCUGACUCUUAUUUGUUUAAAUUUGUGUGUUUGCAUUUC